UCCGGUGCGAACGUCACUGCUCGAGUGCAACUUGACGCAGCUUUGAGGCCUGCUGUGUUUUCAACGGAGGGAGAGUCGAGAAGAAAAAUGGCGUCUGCAGGCGACUCGGAGCGGGACAGCAACCAUUCACUUUGAGCUUUCCGCCAUAAAAUCGAGACCGGGGCUCUGUGGGGACCAAUCGGGAACCGUCGCCGGACCCGUCAUUUUCUUCCUCCCCCGGUUUUCUCCGGCGUGCGCGGCUCCUUCGAGCAUCGAGAUUGAAGCGGAACAUAGGAGCGACUCUUCUACAAUGAGGGGGAGAAGAGGAAGGCCGCCCAAACAAGCAGGCGUGAUGCGGGAAAGCUCACCCGGGCCAGUCCGGGGCUCCCGGGGCGGCAGGACCAGAGGGAUGCGUGGACGGGGAAGAGGGAGAGGACGGGGCCGGGGGCGGGGAGGAACCGGCGCUCUCUGCAGCAUCGGAUCCGUGGAGGUGGACACCGAGAUCUCCGGCCGGGAGAACUUUCAUUCGUCGCGGGGCCGUAGGAAAGUUGGAGCCUCCAUCGCGGCGGCGGCGGCAUCGCGGGGCAGAGGCAGAGGCAGGGGGUCAAGAGGUGGCCGCGGCAGCAGAGGCGGAGUGAGGCGACCCCAGACCAAGGUGGUCUACGACGACAACAGCGACGAAGAGGACAAUUUAAGCUACCGAUCCGACGAGGACGAAUUAAACGACAACCCGUCGUCGGAUCUAGAAGAUGAGGAGGCCUUGGGAAACGAGUCCGACUAUCUGGAGGACCUACCGGAUGAUGAGGAUGCCAGCUACUGCACCGAGAGUAGUUUCAGAAGCCACAGCACGCUCGGAAGCACCCCAGGCCGGAAGAGGAGCCGCGCUCUGCAGCCGCGCUCUCCCAUCCUCGAGGCAAAGGAGAUUCCUCCCUUGGAGCUUCCCAAGUCCUCCGAGGACCUCCUGGUUCCCGCCUCCCAGCUUCUCAACGUGUCCGCCGUCUACGAGGUCCUCCGCAACUUUGGCACCGUGCUGCGUCUCUCCCCGUUCCGCUUCGAGGACUUCUGCGCGGCCCUGGCGAGCCAAGAGCAGUGCGUGCUGCUGGCAGAGACCCACAUCUCUCUGCUCAAAGCUAUUCUCAGAGAGGAGGACACGUCCAACACCACGUUCGGCCCCGCCGACGUGAAGGACUCCGUCAAUUCCACCCUGUACUUUGUGGACGGGAUGACCUGGCCAGAGGCCGUGCGGGCGUACUGCGAGAGCGACUCGGAGUACCGCCACAUUCUGCCCUUCCUGGAGAACGAGGACUACCCGUACGGGACGCUGGGCAGCAAAAUUAAAGUUCUCCAGUUUUUGGUGGACCACUUCUUGGCGACGAACAUCGCCCGCGAGGAGCUGAUGUCGGAAGGGGUGGUCGCCUACGACGACCACUGCAGGGUGUGCCACCGGCUCGGGGAUCUGCUGUGCUGCGAGACGUGCUCGGCCGUGUACCACCUGGAGUGCGUGAAGCCGCCUCUGCAGGAAGUGCCAGAGGACGAGUGGCAGUGCGAGGUCUGUGUGGCGCACAAGGUGCCCGGUGUGGCGGACUGCGUGCCGGAAUUGCAGAAGACCAAGCCCUUUCUUCGCCAGCUGCCCAUCGGCUUCGACCGGCACCAUCGUAAAUACUGGUUCUUGAAUCGCCGGAUUGUUGUCGAGGAGGACGGUGAACAGGAAGACAAAGCCAUCUGGUACUAUAGCACAAAGGUCCAACUGGCUGAGCUGAUAGAUCGCUUGGAUAAGGAAUACUGGGAGGCCGACCUGUACGCAGCCGUCGAGGAGAUAAGGGACGAGGUGCACACUCACAUGGACAUCACCGAAGACCUAACCAACAAGGCCCGCGGCAACAACAAGUGUUUUCUCACGGCUGCAAACGAUGAGAUCUUGGAGCGAUUGAGAGCAAAGAAGGAGGAAGAGCUGCAGGAGGUGAAAAGACGGGCGGCUGAGGAGGCACAGAAGGCCCGGCUGGAGAAGCAGAGGAAGGAGCAAGAUUCGGAGAAGGGAGAGGAAGAGGCCAGGCUGCAACGUGAGGAACAGGAGGAUGGCAAGGCCAAAGAUCGGGCGAUGGAUUACGAAUCGACAAAAGAGGAGGUUACACAGGAAAGAAACGAUGGUGAAAAAAGCAGAGUAAAUGAAGCUCCGCCCUCUAUCCAAGAUGGCAGCGCUGGCGGCAGUGUUGAGGACGCACCAUCAAUCCCACCGGCCCCUUCUCCUUCGCAAACCUCGGCCCCGAGCGCUCGCCCCGCCGCUUCGACUCCAAAGCUCCUGACUUCCACCGUGGAGGUUCGGAUAGAGCGAUGCGUCUAUGAGCAGGCGUCUAAAAAAACUGAAGAAAACCCAGCAUCUGAUGCCACCCCUGCCAGUGGAGACGGCGUCCCCAGCCUAGGUCAGCCCUCACAUCCCUGUGAGGAGAACAGCAACAGCAGCGUAGGGACCGCUGUCGCUGCCAGGGGACCUGAACCCCCAGACUUGGCCGAUAGAUCGUCCCAGUCAUCCCUGGCAAGCCUUGAUGACGCAGGGGACGGCAAAGACUCGACUGGCGGCGAGAUGGCGGGCGGUGGCAAUAAAAGAUCUUCAGCAACGCGCAUGGUGACGCGCCUGAGGAACCCAGAGAGCAAGCUGAGCCAGCUGAAAAGUCAGCAGGUUGCAGCUGCUGUUCACGAAGCAAACAGGGGCUUUAAGGAGGGAAAAGAGGUAUUGGUUGUGAAUGCACAAGGAGACAUCUCCCGUGUCAGCACACGGAACAGCAAGGAUGUGGUGAUGAAGGGAACCAUCAGCCAGUUCUUCAAGCUGGGUCAGGAGGGAAAGUACCGCGUCUAUCAUAACCAGUACAGCUCCAACGCCCUGGCCCUCAACAAGCACCAGCAUAGAGAGGACCAUGACAAGAGGCGGCAUCUCUCCCACAAGUUUUGUAUGACACCAGCAGGAGAGUUCAAGUGGAAUGGGUCCAUUCAUGGUUCUAAGGUUCUAACUGUCUCCACAUUAAGACUGACCAUCAUCCAGCUUGAGAACAACGUUCCUUCUCCUUUCAUGCAUCCAAACUGGGCCUCACACAGGACCAACUGGAUCAAAGCAGUUCAGAUGUGCAGUAAGGCCAGGGAGUUUGCGCUGGCCCUGGCCAUUCUGGAGUGUGCCAUCAAACCAGUGGCAAUGCUGCCUGUCUGGAAAGACUCGCUGGGUCAUACCAGGUUAAACCGCAUGACCUCCAUGGAGCGUGAAGAGAAGGAGAAGGUCAAGAAGAGAGAAAAGAAGCUGGAAGACGAGGAGACCAUGCAACAAGCCACCUGGGUCAAGUACACCUUUCCAAUCAAGCACCAGGUAUGGAAGCAGAAGGGGGAGGAGUAUCGUGUUACAGGCUAUGGGGGCUGGAGUUUUAUCAGCAAGACCUAUGUGCCUCGGUUUUCCCCAAAGCUUCCUGGAAACACAAACGCCAACUACCGCAAAGAACUGGAAGACGCUAAACUUGGCAAGAGAUGCAGCCUGUUGGACUUGAGCCGACGGCCCAGUUUAGUUGCACCAGAGGCCCAGGAUGGUCCUGCCUCAGGCGGUGAAACGAAGGAUCAAGACUCCGCAGGUGUCUCCAGAAAACCUGCUGGAGAUGUGGAGACGAAGAAGAACGAAGACGCAGACGAAAGAGAAGAAAAGGAGCCAGCGGAUUGGUCUGUAAAGAUGGAAGUGGAUCCUACAGAAUCGUCUUCAAAGGAGCAAAAGCUCAGUGUUCAGGAGGCUAAGGCUCCCCUAAAAGAGGAGCCUUCGGACCAUUCUCAGCGACCCUUCAACUACGAUGUCGUGGACAUCAGCAAGGGCUUCCUGACCCGCGUUGCUUACAAGAAGAAGGUGAAGACCUCCAAGCUGGACAGUCUGCUGGAGCGCCGAGUGAAGCAGCACAUGAUAGAGGAGAAGCAAAGACAGCAGUUUUCUGCAUCCAGGUCACUGGCACCGGCGCCGGUUUCUUCCCCUUCAGCCGCCGCGCCGAGCACUCCGGUCCGCCCCCGGUCGCCACUUAAGCCACACAAUCUUGCGCAGACGCAUCUCGUCGACAAGGAAGCCGCGAAAGUGGAGGACGAGCUUCCGGCGGCGCAAACGUCCGGGGCAGCGAAAUCCGGAGGGCAGGAGGAAGGAGAGAGUCUGACUGAACUCUCUGACGCGUUUCCUUCCUCCGUUUCAGACUGCACGCCCCAAAAAAGUUGCAAUACAGGUAGAGGUGAAGAUUCGCCACUCAGUAAAACGGCCUCCAUGCCCCAGGACUUGAAGCAAAACGUGGAGGAAAGGACUACAGAGCAUAAAGAAAAUAGCACUGGAGGUUCUGGACGAGAAGCUGAGCAGGAGAAAGAAGCCGAGAGGACCGAUGGCUCUUUAGAGCAGCGCACAGCCUGCGUUGCAUCAGAUGUAACCCAGGCUGAACAAUCUUUCAAUCCAGAGUCUGACUCUGGGACGACACUUCCAAGUGUUCUUGACCAAAACAACAGUGAAAACGAGUCUCCCCUCAGAUACUCGGACGCUCUCGGUCCCGUGCGCUUAGAGGAAAACGGCUUCGGGCCCGAGGAGAAGCAGGGAAGUCUGCAGGGCAUCGGACACAACGGGACCGCAGGCGACGUCCCUACCAAGCCGGUUUCACCUGUGCCUCAGGUAAACGGGAACGACGGCUUGGUGGGCGAAAGCUUACCGAGCUUGAACAACGGCGUGCUCACCGACAGGCCCGACCCCGAUCUGAACAGCGUCGGCAGAGCUGAGGAGCAGCGGCAGGUCGCGUCGCUGAAAGACGGCGCGCCGCCGAAGCCUUUGGUGAACGGAGACUCAGUAAACGACGGCGUUGUUUUAAAAGGAAAAGAUUCGGAGGCGGGGGGGAAGAUGACCGCACUGGACCAGGACUACAGCCCUCCACCGAAGACGACAAAGCUUGAAAACAGUACGGACAAAACCGGAGUCAACACUGGGAGCAACCUGCAGAACAAGAGCAGCUCUGCCUUUUAUCCCGAGGAGACCAAACGCGCUCCCGCCGUGAAGAUCAUCAGGAUGGCUCCCUCCCCGAUCCCGUCGGCGGAGGAGUCCAGUCUGAGCGACGGCUUCGCAGAGGAGAACAGCAACAGCGAGUCGGCAGAGCCGUUCAAGACAAUCAUCACUCAGGUAACCACCACCUCCACCACCACCACGACGACGGUGGUCUCCACGGAGACGAAAGCGCCGGCCGGAUCUACGGCGGCGGUGGUGACGACAAAGAGCAGCGCGGUCUCGGCCCUUUCCAGCAUGACCAAAACAACGGUGACCAAAGUGUGCUGCUCCGCGCUCGACUGCCUGUCGGAGGACAGCCAGAGCGAAACGCUGGUGCAGGAGCAGACGACGACGCACUCGGUCUGCAGCCGCCAGUCGGCCGCCGGCUCGACGACGGUGUCGUCGGUCUCCGUGAGCCGGCAGGAGUGCUCGUCGACAAAGGGACGCGUGCGCCUGCUCAAGUUCUCGCGCACAAAGAAAAUGCGCUCCGACACGGCGCUUCCCUCCUACCGCAAGUUCGUCACCAAGAGCAGCCGGAGGAGUAUUUUCGUCCUGCCGCACGACGACCUGAAGGUGCUGGCGAGGCGGGGAGGUUUCCGCGAGGUGCCGGUGUUCAGCUACAACGCCAAGCCAGCCCAGGACAUCUGGCCGUAUCCGUCACCCAGACCCACGUUUGGCAUCACUUGGAGGUACCGGCUGCAGACGGUGAAGUCUCUGGCUGGCGUGAGCCUCAUGCUGAGGCUGCUGUGGGCCUGUUUGCGGUGGGACGACAUGGCCGUCAAACCGUCUGCCGCCGUAGGCACGACGCGUACAGCCCUAUCCCCACUCAUUGCAACAGAGACAUCAGACACUGAAAUCACCACCACCGAGAUCAUAAAGCGGCGUGACGUGGGACCCUACGGCAUUCGGUCCGAGUAUUGCAUCCGUAAAAUCAUCUGCCCCCUCGGAGUGCCUGAGACGCCAAAAGAAACGCACACUCCUCAGAGGAAAGGUCUGCGCUCCAGUGCUUUGCGCCCCAAGAAGCCCGAGCCCACAAAGCAGACCGGGCCUGUGGUGAUUGAGACAUGGGUCCCUGAGGAGGAGCUGGACCUCUGGGAGAUAAGAGCCUUCUCAGAAAGGGUGGAGAAGGAAAAAGCCCAGGCAGCAGAGCAAGCCAAAAAACGUCUGGAGCAGAAGUCCGGGUCAGUCACAGCCACACCAGCCGGGACUCCCGCAACACCUGCUGCCACGCCCAAAGUCAUCGUUGGCUCCGUCUCGGGCCAGGGCACCCCCACUGCCAAGGUGGUGCUGUCCACCAAGAUGGGCAGCCCCGUUACAUUCCAGCAAAACAAAAACUUCCAGCAGUCCUUCGCCACCUGGGUCAAGCAGGGUCAAAGCACGCAAGGCUCAGGCGGUGAGACCCCCACGGCCACUUCUAGUGGGCAUACUUUACACAUUACAGGAACUUCAGCCAGCGGAAAGGUUGUGACCGCGAAGCUGCCGCUCCCCGCAAACAGCAAGAUCGUCACAGUCAGCGUGCCUACGACACAAGGAGGUGUGGUUCAGCAGAAAGUGUUGGGCAUCAUCCCAUCCAGUACAGCAGGCGGGGCCCAGACCUACACCACAUUCCAGCCCCGCACCACCACGCUCAACAUCAAGCCCAGUACCCCCGGCUCCCACCAGCAGGUUCCAGGUGGUGGUGGUCAGAUCCGUCCAGGAAUGACAAUGAUCCGAACCCCAAUCCAGCAGACUGGAGCUGUAGGAAAGACGAUUCUCCGCACGCCCCUUAUGGUCCAGCAAGGUCAGGGUGGACAACAGGUAGUGACGCAGAUCAUUCGUGGCCAGCCUGUUUCCACAGCAAUAUCGUCUGCCAGCCCUGUCACCACAGUAACCGGUCAGGGAGUGGCCAGCCCCAACGCCGCGGGACAGGCAGCUGGUCAAACACCACCCGGCACCCCGCGGGCUCAGGGCCAGGGCCAGGUUAAACUCACCAUGGCCCAGCUCACGCAGCUCACACAGAAGCAACAGGCUGGGUCUGGUUUGGAGCGACCAGCCGGUGUUGGCGGUUCUCAGGCUCUGACUGUGAUGGUUCAGGGCCAGGGUCAGACCACCGGCCAGCUGCAGGUCAUACCCCAAGGGGUCACCGUCAUUCCAGGACCCGGCCAGCAACUCAUGCAAGCAGCACUACCAAACGGCCAGGUGCAACGCUUCCUCUUCACCCCGUUACCCUCCGCAGUCACUCCCACACCAAGUACAGCCACGUCAGCUCCCAGCCAGCCCAACUCCACCGCAAGCAAAACUGCGACCCAGGCUGCGCAGCAGGCUGCCGCUCCAGUCCAAGCAGGGGCGACCCCUCUCUCCACCACCAGCGGCCCUUCAUCCACCACCCCUCAGGCCCAGUUACCCCCUCAGACCCAGGCCCACAUGCCUGUCCAGUCCCCAACUUCAAUGCAGGUCAAAGGUCAGGGGGGAACCCCACAGCUCCAGCUGCAGCAGACGCCCCAGCUCAUUAGUGUGUCCGGACUCCAGCAGCAAGUACAGGUUCUGGCACAGCUGCAGGCUCAGCAGGGUGGAGGGUCUCUGCCUCAACACAUCAAGCUGCAGCUUCCCAUCCAGAUCCAACAGAGCGGGACCAGCUCAGCUCAGGGAGGACAGAUUGGAAAUGUAGUGACCAUUCAGACUGCGUCGGUCCAAGAGCAACUGCAGAGAAUCCAGCAGCUGAGAGAGCAGCAACAGCAGAAGAAGAGACAAGCUGCGGAGGCGAAACGGGAGCUCUCGCUCACCGCAGCCAACCAGAGCAACAUUAUACAGAAGCAGGUGGUCAUGAAACAAAACGCUGUAAUUGAGCACCUUAAGCAGAAGAAGACCAUGACGCCUGCAGAAAGAGAAGAAAAUCAGAGGAUGAUUGUAUGCAACCAGGUGAUGAAGUUCAUCCUAGACCGGAUAGACAAAGAUGAGAGGCAGGCAGCUAAGAGGAAGAAGAAGGAGGAGGUUGUGGAGGCCAAGAGGAGGAUGGCCAAUGCGAGUAAACUCUCCGCGCUCCUUUACCGACACAAAGAGAGCCUCAAGAUGGAGAUCCUGAAGAAACGAGCACUUCUCGACAAGGAGCUGCAGCUAGAGGCUCAGGAGGAGCUAAAGAGGGACCUGCUGCGAAUUCGGAGAGAGAAGGAAAAGGCUCAGGCUGCAGCCCAGCAGGCAGCCCAGGCCGCUGCAGCCCAGGCCGCUGCAGCCCUCAGUCAGAAACAGCAAGCGGCGAUGCACAAACACGGCGUCUCCGCCCAGCACCACCUCACCACGACCGUCCCCUCGGUGCACAAGAGGAAGCGGGAGGAGGAGAGGGAGGUGGCGGCAACGGCAAAGUCCAAGAAGAAGAAGAUGAUCUCUACUACAAGCACAAAGGAGAGCAAGAAGGACACGAAGCUGUACUGCAUCUGCAAGACGCCCUACGACGAGACCAAGUUUUACAUCGGGUGCGACCUUUGUACCAACUGGUAUCACGGCGACUGUGUGGGCAUCACGGAGAAGGAGGCCAAAAAGAUGGACGACUACAUCUGUGUGGAGUGUAAACGGGGCCAGGAGAGCAGCACAGAGGAGCUGUACUGCAUCUGUCAGACGCCUUAUGAUGAGUCCCAGUUUUACAUCGGCUGCGAUCGAUGUCAGAACUGGUACCACGGCCGCUGCGUGGGCAUCCUGCAGAGCGAGGCUAACCACAUCGACGAGUACGUGUGUCCACAGUGUCAGUCCACGGAGGACGCCAUGACGGUCUUCACGCCGCUCACGGACAAGGACUACGAAGGCCUGCGGAGGAUCCUGCGUUCCUUACAGGCACACAAAAUGGCCUGGCCCUUCCUGGAACCAGUGGAUACUAACGACGCCCCUGACUAUUACAAGGUCAUCAAGGAACCAAUGGACCUGUCCACCAUGGAGGAGAGGUUACACAAGCGAGACUACGUCAAGCUGACUGAAUUUGUAGCAGACAUGACCAAAAUCUUCGACAACUGCCGGUACUACAACCCCAGCGACUCGCCGUUCUACCAGUGUGCCGAGGUUCUGGAGAACUUCUUUGUCCAGAAGCUUAAAGGCUUCAAAGCCAGCAGAUUGUGAUGUCAGACCCUCUGGGUGCCGGGGGUCACUCUUAAACAAAACCUUUAGAUUUUCUAUUCUGGACGUUGCUGUUUUUUUUUUUUUUUGUUUUUUUUUUUCUUUGUUUUAACUUGUUUGAAACGGCAAUAAAGCUUUGUAAGAAAGUGCUUAUAAUAAGCCACACAUUAGGCGUGAUCUUUCUAUUUUUAUUUUAAAGUAAAUAAAGAGCAGAAGUAAGGAUUUUUCCCGAUGUUAAAUCAUUUCAGCCAUGUUGGUAGCGCAGAGCCGUCAGGGGAAAAGGUUUUUGUUCUUUUGCUUUUCUUAACGCUCACCACCAGAAGACUUUUUAAUUAUGUGAGCUUGAUAGGAGGCUAAAUGUAAAAGUUCACUUCUUUUUCUUUAUUCACGCUUAACGUUUGGACAUCUAAUUUAUAUUUUACUUUGAUAGCAACAGGAAAUGUUUACCUCACUUCUUAGCCAGGAGUUAGCAAAAAAACAAAAGAACGCACCCUUAGUUUCUUUUCAUUGGCUGUUCUCGUGUAAAAUAUCUCAUGUUUAUAGUAUCUUUUUUUUUUUUUUUUUGUGAAGGACUAUUUUUAUCUUCUGAAGAAAAUAAUGAUAGAAAGUGUAAAAAAAACAAAUAGAGAUAAAGGCCUAGUUUAGCGUUCCUGUUCUAAAAGCGCUCGGCUUGGAGGUGUCGGGAGCUGGAAAACAUGAAAAAGGUGUACAUAAAAAAGUCGGGCGGGCGUCCGGUCACACGUUUCUGUGACUUUUAACCAACAUGGCUGCUUUGUCUGUCAAAGUGUCUGACCCAAAGGCAUCCAUUUUUUUUGUUUUUUUUUGUUUUUGUUUUCUACUCUAGUCAUGUUUUGUCAUAUAUUGUAAAGCUUUUAAUAAUAAAAAAAAAGAAAACAAAAAGAUU